CCUGCUCAUCGUGUGGUGCUCCCUGUCCAGCGAGCGGAGCGUGCGGGAUGGCUCCUUCUGUCCCUGCCUUGGCAAUGGGGCAGGGGAAGCUGCAGCCAAGGGAAGCACUGGCCGUGCCGCAUUAAAGCAUCCCUGUGCUUUGCCUCUGCCCCGCCUCGGAGGAAAACUUGAGUUGGGGUGGCUGCGGUGCUGCUGGAUGGAAUAAGUACUCAGCGCCUGGCAACGUCACCGCCGUCAUGGGAAAGGACUACUACAAGAUUUUGGGCAUCCAGUCUGGAGCCAACGAGGAUGAAAUCAAGAAAGCCUACCGGAAAAUGGCCCUCAAGUAUCACCCCGAUAAGAAUAAAGACCCCAAUGCCGAGGAGAAGUUCAAGGAGAUCGCGGAGGCUUACGACGUGCUGAGUGACCCCAAAAAGCGAGCUGUGUACGACCAGUAUGGGGAGGAAGGUCUUAAGACUGGAGGUGGCUCCUCUGGUGGCUCAGGGAACACUUUCCACUACACGUUCCAUGGAGACCCCCACGCCACUUUUGCGUCUUUCUUUGGAGGCUCCAACCCUUUCGAUAUCUUCUUCGCCAGCAGCCGCUCCCGGAUGUUCAAUGGCUUUGACCAGGAAGAUAUGGAUAUCGAUGAUGAUGAUGAUCCUUUCAGUGCCUUUGGCCGUUUUGGCUUCAAUGGCAUUAAUGGGGUUCACCGGCGGCACCAGGAGUCCCUGCACACACGGAGGAAGGUCCAAGACCCGCCUGUCAUCCAUGAGCUCAAGGUGUCCCUGGAAGAGAUCUACCACGGCUCCACCAAGAGGAUGAAGAUCACCCGCAGAAGGCUCAAUCCUGAUGGCCGGACCAUGCGAACUGAGGAUAAGAUCCUUAACAUUGUCAUCAAACGGGGUUGGAAGGAGGGAACCAAAAUCACAUUCCCCAAAGAAGGGGACGCCACCCCAGACAACAUCCCUGCUGACAUCGUCUUCAUCCUCAAGGACAAGCCUCACUCGCACUUCAAGAGGGAUGGGACGAAUGUGGUCUACACCGCAAACAUCAGUCUUAAAGAGGCCCUAUGCGGCUGCACCGUGAACAUUCCCACCAUUGACGGGAGGGUGAUCCCGCUGCCCUGCAACGACAUCAUCAAGCCGGGCACAGUGAAGAGACUGCGCGGGGAGGGGCUGCCUUUCCCCAAGGCCCCCAGCCAGCGAGGAGACUUGAUCGUGGAGUUCAAAAUCCGCUUCCCGGACAGAAUAGCUCCCCAGACGAGACAGAUCCUCAAGCAGCACCUCCCAUGCUCCUAGAGCCCCGGGGACUCUCCUCCAAGCAGCAAUACUCCAAAUGCACGUGCCGCAGCAUCUGGCUCACACAGAGCAGAGGUGCCAGAGCACUUUCAAAUGCAAAAAACCCACUUUUCUUCCCCAAAACUCCCAUCUGUCCCACCCACCUCUGCCCCUCUUGCCCCAUUUUGUACUCCAGUGGUGGGAGAGUCUCCUGCCCUCACCUCUCUCCCAGCUGCCGCCUUUUUUUGUUUUUUUUCAGAGGUCCGGCUUUGCUGCCUCGCACAAGCGCACGGCACAGGCUGUGACUUGGGGAUGUGCAUCACUUUGUGGUUUUUGUGUCACCCGCUUUUCAAGCCAACCUUCUGACCGGAGGGUGGGAUUGUAGGGAGCUCAGAGCAGUGUAAAUAGGACUUCACGGGAUCUCACGUCCCUCCGUGUUAGACUUCUCUUCCCUUCUUUGAUACUUGCUGCUGUUCAAGGUCCCGCCGUACCGAGGUGCCAAGGAAACCGUCCUGAGCGCGUACGGCCAAGGGACCGCUCCUACCGGACCGUUUCUAACCUGGGACCACAGCACCCAAUCCUACUGCGGUCCCCUCUCCUGUGCCAAGACCACCACCGAGUGUCACCUGUGCCAAUGGACGGAGCUCAGAGCAGUGGGGACGGUCCCUUCCAGCCUCCUGCCCAGGCUGGGAGCUUUCUUGUUCAGAUGUGUUGAGUUUGCAUUGCUGCUUUAUUUUUUAAUACAUAUAUUUAGCUCGUUAGGUAACUCCGUAAGGGUUUUCUCUGCCCGUUUUGGGUUUCCUGGAGUGGUUGGCCCCGCUGUUGGGGAGCAGCUCAGCCAUACAAACAACCUGCCUGUGAGAGUGGAGAAUGUGUGUAGCACAAGACUGGGUGCAAAAGCAGAGCCAAGCGUGAGCAGAGCUGUGGUUUUGACUAGUGUUCGAGUUCAACCUUAUGGAUUGUAAUAGGUAGAGAAAUGCACGUGUAUAUAUUUUUCUACAAGGAAGUCUAAUUCAGGAGGUGCUUCCGAGUGUGAUGGUGGAGCUGAGAGGAGCAUGAGGCAAUCUGCUUGGUGGUUUGGUUUUCAAAUGCUGUAUUUUUUUAAAAUCUUUGGAUUUCCAUCAGGAGAAUUUUUAUAUUUCUUACCUUCCUCGGCCAACUCUGCCUCUUGCCAUUUUUUUCCCUGGAGGGGCCAGCCGGGCUCCUCCACCACUGCAGCUCUGCGCCUGCCUGAGCGGCGCGGAGAAAGCCAAGGCGCUUCCCCGGGCACCUUUCUGUGAAGGGAAAUCACUGGCUUGAAGCAGGGAUCUGGAGGUAUACAGCUGUACAGUGCAUCACGUGGCAGGAGGACAGCCCGUGGGCAUGGGGAUAGAGCACUUGCAUUAUUAAAGCACUACUUAAUUUAUCAACCAGUUUGACUUCAGGUUGGGGCGCGCCGCCUUUUCCCUCCACUGAUCUCUCUGGAGUUCAGCAUGCAGAAAACUGGUGGACACUGAUGGAGCGAGAAGACAGGUCAGCACACAGAUGCAAGCUGCUUUGUUUUUCUCAGUUUCUAUGAGACCUGAAUGUUUUAUAGUGUUUUGGGGGUUUUUUUGUUUUUUUGUUUUUUUUUUUUA